AUGGACCUUGGGAUGGCCAUGAAUUCGGUGACAUUCCUGAAUUGGCAACCAUUCUACCUUUUGACUUUAAGAUUGUGUCCAACAAUGAUGAAGUGUACUACACAUACACCCCCCAAGAAUAAGUCAUCGAUUACAAGGGUUGUUUUGUACCAACCAAAUUAUGCUCACCUAGGCUAUACAUGGAUUGAAAAAGCACAAUCUUGGAGGCUUAAUUCAAUUUUUCCUGGAGACAAAUGUGACUACUGCAAUCUUUGUGGUUCAUUUGGGAUUUGUGACAUGGAUAAGGCCCCUCUGUGCAACUCCAUACUUGGAUUCAGACCAAAAUCACCCCACGAUUGGGACACAAUGGAUUGGACACAAGGGUGCAUGCAAAGCCGAUCUUGGAGUUGUAGGGAGAAGAAUAAAGAUGGGUUUCGCAAACUUAAUAGCAUUAAGCUGCCUGACACCAGAAAAAAUUUGGUUGAUGCAAGUAUGACACUUGAGGAAUGUAAGACUAAAUGCUGGCAAAUUUGUUCUUGUACUGCUUAUGCAAACUUAAAUAUCGCGGGUGGACGAAGUGGAUGUGUGAUUUGGUUUGAUUGA